GGUCAGGUUCAGCGGUUGCUGUGUUACAUAAUCGCGGGAUCUCUUGUGGUUUAGCCCGAACAGAUAUCCCGUAAGAUCGCAUAUUUCGCCUUCAUCAUGCGUCUUACGAUCAUUUCACCGCACACAUUAGGAAUUGUGCAAAAAUGUCUUUUGUAGUCUGUUUAGCUCAUUAUCUAUACUCGAAAUCCUUGUAAGAAAUUAAGACGGUGUAUUUGCUAUUAGCGUAUUGAUAGAGACAGGAGCCAGUGAGUAUUGUGUUAGCUCGAUAGCUAAUGGAGAUCGACAGCGGAGAACAAUAUGAAACUUCACCAUUUUGGUUUAUUUUCGGUUUCAGGUUUCACACCAUGUGAUGAUCACCCGGGACGUGUGAACUUAUUUAAGAACUCCUGUGUUCAGAAGAUUUUUUGAUUCCAGUGGAAUCUUUCUUUUUUUUUUUCCCCCAUCUAUUAUUCCCUUUUUGUUAAAUGACACGCCCAAUCACGCAUACACCCGCACACACACCCAAGACAACCCCCCCAACUCUUGUUUACAUGUAGAACAACCUUGCUACGAUGCCUGUACAAGCUCCACAAUGGACAGAGUUUUUACUGUGCCCCAUAUGCACCCAGACGUUCGAGGAGACUGUGCGCCGGCCCAUCAGUCUGGGUUGUGGCCACACUGUUUGCAAGAUGUGCCUCAACAAGUUGCACCGCAAGGCUUGUCCUUUUGACCAGACGGCCAUCAACACUGACAUCGAACAGCUGCCCGUCAACUCGGCCCUGCUACAGCUGGUCGGGGGUCAGGUGCCCAAACAGCAACCUGUGGCACUCAUUACGUGUCCAGAGGACACCAAGCAUUAUGAUGAGGCACGGCAGUGUGUUGAGGAGCUGGCCCUCUACCUCAAACCCCUCAGCAGUGCACGAGGAGUGGGGUUGAGUAAUGCUGCUCAGAGCAUGCUGAGCCGCCCCAUGCAGAGGAAGCUGGUGACUCUGGUGCACUGUCAGCUUGUAGAAGAGGAAGGUCGGGUCAGGGCCAUGCGAGCGGCCCGUUCUCUGGGCGAAAGAACUGUUACUGAGCUCAUUCUGCAGCACCAAAACCCCCAGCAGCUCUCCUCCAACCUGUGGGCUGCUGUCAGAGCCAGAGGCUGCCAAUUCCUGGGCCCAGCCAUGCAGGAGGAGGCACUAAAACUGGUGCUGCUGGCCUUGGAAGACGGAUCUGCUCUUUCCAGGAAGGUUCUGGUCCUCUUUGUGGUCCAGAGACUGGAACCAAGAUUUCCUCAGGCCUCCAAAACCAGUAUUGGACAUGUAGUUCAGCUCCUCUACCGUGCCUCCUGCUUUAAGGUGACAAAGCGGGAUGAGGAUUCAUCACUAAUGCAGUUGAAAGAGGAGUUCCGCACAUAUGAGGCACUUCGGCGGGAACAUGAUUCUCAGAUUGUUCAAAUCGCAAUGGAGGGAGGGCUCCGCAUCGCCCCCGAUCAGUGGUCUUCUCUGCUGUAUGGAGACCAGUCUCACAAGUCCCACAUGCAGUCCAUCAUUGAUAAGUUGCAGACCCCAGCGUCGUUUGCUCAGAGUGUGCAGGAGCUGACCAUCGCACUGCAGAGGACAGGUGACCCUGCCAAUCUCAACAGGCUGAGACCUCACCUAGAACUGCUCGCUAACAUUGACCCCAGUCCAGAUGCUCCUCCUCCAACCUGGGAGCAGCUGGAGAAGGGACUGGUGGCGGUAAAGACGGUAGUGCACGGCCUGGUGGACUUCAUUCAGAAUCACAGCAAGAAGGGUGCCGACACGCAGCAGCCACCCCAGCACAGCAAAUACAAGACGUACAUGUGCAGAGACAUGAAGCAGAAAGGAGGCUGUCCCAGAGGAGCUAGCUGCACCUUCGCCCAUUCACAGGAGGAGCUGGAAAAGUAUCGUAAAAUGAACAAACGUCUUGCUGCACGAGUGCCUUGCACUCCUGGCCUGCUGCCUGAUGAGGUGGUCCCGCUAGAGCCUGGGCGAAAGGGCUCUGCCCUUACCAACGGAGGCCCUCUUCCCCAGCUCAUCCCCAGAGGCACAGACCAUUCCACAUAUGACCUCUUACUCAAGCCCAAGAUGGAUGCCACUAGCCUGAGUGCUCCUGGGUCGCCACCCGACUCUUUGGAUAAAUCUAGCUUGGCCCUGACACCCCACCCUGUGCCUCACCCCAGGGCGGAUCACUUACCCAUGCCCAAGCAGGUGCCAGUCGUGCCCAGAGGUGCACCACAGAUGUAUCCACAACAGCAGCCCGAGCUCUUCUAUCCAGAGCCAGCCAGACCUCCUCCCUCAGGAUCUCAGUAUGAUGUUCAGUACCCGACAGGCAACCCCUACCCAUACCAGCCUCCACAGUAUGUCCCGCCCCGCUACAUCCGUAAUCCGCCUCCCCCGGGCGAGUCUGCAGUACCACCUUACUCAGAGCCCUACCCAGGUUACGGCCCAGAUCGCCAAUAUCCGAGCCACCACUCUGGCCCCCCUUUCUCAGCCCACACAUAUGCACCGCCCUCCCAUUAUAGUCGCAGACACGGACAUUAUCCUGCACCCCCACCUCCAUUUGCCCCGCCCAGAGACGACUUGGUUAGGAUGAGCCCGGUUCCUUUGGAUGUUCCCCCAGCCGCUAUGCCUCCACCUCCAGGAGGGGCUGCAGGUUCUCUGUACCACCCCCAGGAAGCAUCAUCCAGAGACAGAUACCCACCGGACGGGUACUAUCAUGCUGGACCGCACCCCAGCCAAAUGAGGUCCCACAUAGGACAGGACCCGUAUAAUCGCUCUCAGCCCAGUCUGGAUGACUUGCAUCGCAGACGCAAAGAGUUGCUUGUCCAGCUAGAGGAGAGAAAAGUCAUCUCUCCUCCCCCCUUUGCUGCUUCCCCGACUCUUCCUACACACCCGUUCCCCAACGACUACCCUCGGGAGUAUUUGGAGGACGGCUCUAAAGCCUUUGGAAGUCGGGAGCCGGACUAUGCUGGGCAGUAUUCCCCCUGGUCAUGUGACACCAUAGGAUCAUACAUUGGCUCCAAGGAUGCUAAACCAAAAGAUGUCAGUAGUGCUGUGGAGAUGAUGAAUGCGGAGGGGAAAGUUCUCCGUGAACCUCCACUGGACACCCAGCGGCGCUCUGCGGAAGCCAAAGACGACGAUCCCAUCAUUCCCUUUGGUCCUCUGCCCACAGUGUCUCCUUUUGGUGCCAUUUCACGUACCUCUAAAACGGGUUACCAGACCACUGGGCCUGUACAGGCCAUAGCAUCCUCACAGGCCUCGGGCUCCAAACACAUGACCAUGACAGCAGACUAUCCGUAUGGAAACCACAGUGGAUGGGGUGGAGCGUCAUACCCUCAGCACCAGAGCAUCAACUCUCAGGGACACUUCAGCGAGCGUCUGCCCGUGUCUGCCCCUGACCGUGAGCAGCUCAAGAUUGAGCUCCAGCAAGUCAACCAACAGAUCAGUCAGCAGACCCGUGGCAUGGAGGCUGCCAGUAACUCUAUGCUCCUGCAGAGGGAGGCGUGUGCGCUGGCAUCUCAGCCUGCGGCUGGAGUGAAGUGGUCUUCAGGUGGCGCGGUGUCCAGUGAGCAGCUCAGCCUGGAGCUUGAUCACGUAGAGCUGGAGAUCAAAAAGAGAACCCGAGAAAUCGCCAUGGAGAAUCAGGUGGCCCAUGAAUAUAAGCUGAAGGCCACUGAGAAUGGGCAGCCUGACCGUAAAGCCCAGUUGGAGGAACUCUCUUUAGCAUUGGGUGAGGUGUCUAAUGGAUCCAGUGGCAUGAAGCCAGCCAGUAGUAUGGGUGGAUCUAUGCUCUCGCUGACCAAUAAGACGUCGUCUCUCACCCUCUGCUCUGCUGACCAAGCAGCGAGUAGCUCAGACCUUCAAAAGAAUGGUGUUGUUCACUCUUGCUCUUAAGAGUGUAUUCGCACACACACGCACGCACACACACACACAUACAUAUAUAUACACAGACAACCUCUCCAGAGGUCAAUAUUCCUUCUCGGAGGGCUUUGAAAUUAAUCUCUUGAGUAAUUCGAUCAGUUUCAGGAGAUGCAAGAUGUGUUUUUAAUAUUCAGACGGAGCUGAUAAUGAGGGACACGCAUUCACACAUACACACAUACACACCUGCAUGCUGCUACAUGCAUGCACCGACACAAACUUCUCUGUUGUUUUUUAUUUAGAAAAAUGAGCAGUAUCUGCCGUGAUAUAAAUUUUCUUUCUUUUUGUUCUGUGAAUGAGCUUUUUGUUUUAAUGACUUCUCAUCGCCUGGAAACCAGGGCAUCUGAAUAAUGCUUACUUUGUUGUUUUCCCUAUAUAUCAAGAACGAACAGUCAACCCAAAGCUAGCACGGACAGGACGACGCAAACCGGUGGAAAUCAAAACGAGAAUCGAACGCGCUAUUUUUAGCAUCGGGGCUAGUUGCCGAUCGCGCGGUCGGGGCUCGGUGGAAACGUCCAACUUCCUGGAUCUCUGCAGCCUUGAAUAUGAUCUGACUCGCCAGGUUUAAAGUAGCAUGGAGAACCUUUUAUGAAUCCAUUUUUAUGGACCGUUAACACGGGUCUCCCCACAUGACACUCGACCGUGGCAGUGUAUCGCUGUAAUGGCAGUUCGAUUGGGCUCUGGAUGACACAAGGGGGAAGGACAGAUAUAUCUAUCUAUAUAUAAUAAGUUGUCAGGUUUUGUUUAAUUUAUGGUUUGGCUAUAUAACUGUUAAGGAAUUUGUAAAUGUGUGGUGACACGUGUCUAAAGCGUUCUGUUUUAUAGAAUGCAAACAGAUGUUUUGAAAAUUGAGCACUUUUUUCCAUGUUUUCCAUGAUUGUGUGCUUUUUAGUAGAAGAGGUGCAACACUUCGCUUCCCUUGUGUUCUUCGGAGCCCCGUGGUCGGGGGGAGUUUUUCUUUCUCCCAGCGCCACAGCCGUUUCUGAAGAUUACAGCCUAUUAGGAAAUUAUUUCAUCCGUUUUCCCUAACUUCUGUGAAGUUGCAUAUUUGGCUCUCCUGGUCGAGUUUGCAUAUUCGAGUCUCACCAUUAAACCGCUGCAUUGAAGUAUACCAGGGCAGUAGUUUCGACAACGCCGGGUCCCGCUGCGCUAAACGAUCGUGUUACAGUUUUGACACUCUGAAAAAAAAAUGUUAAAGGGACAGUUCAACCAAAAAGGGACAUUCUGUCUUGGAAAAAAAAAAACAGUUCCACUAAAAGCAAGUCAUUCCGGUUUAGAACAACUUGAAUGGAAAUGACACAAUUCUUAUUUUUGCCGUAUGAACUGUCCCUUUAAAUAAAAAUCCAGACAGAUGUUCAUUAUAGAUGAGCUAUUUAAUGUCUUUAGGUUUCCUUUUUAUAAACUCCAAAUUAGUUCGGAAUCAGAGACUAUUAUGAAUUUCUGCAGAAUAUUUAACGCGACUCAUGAAUCGAGGCCUGUCGAGUUGAUCCUCCAUCAGCCUGCUUUGACUUAAACGUGUUUUUACACGACGUAUUCAGUGACUGUUUCCGAAACGAGGCCCCGUAAACAAAGAGAACAAGAUUAUUUGAAGUCUGAAGUCUUCCUAUAGUGAUGACAUUCUUCACGUGUGACAUUUUGUUCUAGUCUCUUGAGACCGACUAUGAUAUACAGCUCCAAUUUUGGGUGCAACCUCUUAACGUGUAAUCUUUUGUGGUUUUUGUGCUAUAGCCGUGGUGAUAUAGUUGAUUUCUCUUAUUAUGAUGACUUGUAGUCACGGUCAUUAUUUGAUGUUCUUGCUCGUCAAAGAGCACAAGCAGCCUUUUCAAGCAGUCGUCGAGAUUGAAAUCGAGCUGUGCCGACACGCGGAGAUGACGUCGACCUUGCUGUUGAGGUUUUAAACGUAACGCGUGAUGUCCCAUCGCACUCGCUGAGCAAAUUCUCUAGAAUGUCGUCUUUUCUCCAUACUAAAUUGUUAACUCCUCCCUCUCCUCAAUGUGGAAAAUUAAUUCUUGUAGUGUUUUUAUUUCACGCUGUUGAGCAUCACAUGAACUAGUUAAGGCUUUGCCUGAUUUGAGAUGUGCUGUGUAGGGCCUAUGAUUUAGCUGAGCUUCUUGCUUUCCUUCUGGUGAAUCUGGCCUCUGAAUAAAUCUGGUAAGAAUGGUUCAAGGCUGCUUUGUAGCCCAGUAAUCAAAGUGAAAUUCCUAAAAGCAUGUCCAGGUCACAUUUCAGUAAGAAAUAUAUAGGAAAGAAAAUGUAUAGGACCAAUAAUGGUAAAGCACAUCUUUGUCUCCCAAAUUAAUUCUGAAUUCCUGUCACAUUAUCAUUACUUCAGUAUUUUAUAUAGUAUGCUUUACACAAAAAUUCUAUAAUGCAGUGAUUUAAAAAAAACUAAAUCUGUAUAAAGGUUGCAAGCAUUUUUCAAUUUGCAGUAAUUAAAAAAGUGAUUUUCAAGAAAAUGUCAAUGCAAAAUUCUAUAUUGCAGUCAUGUUUAAAAAAAAUCAGUGUAAAGGUUGCUAGCAUUUUUCAAAUUACAGUAAUAAAAAAAUUACCAAUUUAAAUACUGCAUUGACAUUUUUAUAAAAAUGGAAAUUUCUUGAUUUCAUCCCUGCUGGAAAAAAACAAACAAACAGCUAAACAACCUAAGCUGGUUGGCUGUUUUUAGCUGGCCAUCCAGCCUGGUCUUAGUUGGUCAUAGCUGGUCAGCAGGCUGGUUUUAGAGGGUUUUUAGCCACUUCCUUCAGUAGUCCCUCACUGCAGAACACAAGAUCCAGGGGGUAAGGUAGGUUUAGGGAAAUGUAAGGUGUGAGGAGUUGGAUCUGGAUCCAGCCCUGCCCUCUAGAUCUUGUGUUCUGAAGUGAAGACCAUCUUAUUUCCUUAGCGGGUCAGGCUGAGAGACCAACUGAAACAACACAACCAGCUAAAACCAGCUUGACCAGCCUGGCCAGGCUAGGAGACCAGCUACUUCUAGCUUAAACCAGCCUUUCAGACGGAGCUUAAGACCAGCCUUUUUUUUUUUUUUUUUU